UUUUUGUGUAGAACUAUGGAGUUUCCUCAUAUCGGGAAGAAUUGUUGCUACAAAUCUUGCAACAGACUUGAUUUCCUGCCCAUGAAAUGUAACGCAUGUAAAGAAGUAUUUUGUUCGGACCAUUUUGCAUAUGUAAAGCACGAGUGUCCUGCACCAAACAACCGAGAUGUCCAAGUACCAGUAUGUCCCCUGUGCAGUGCCCCUGUACCAGGCAAGCGAGGGGAGCCUCCUGAUGUGGCUGUUGGAGAACACAUAGAUAAUCAAUGUACCUCAGAUCCAGCAAGGGAACGACGAAAAAAGGUAUUCACUAAUCGGUGUUCAUACAAGGGCUGUAAAACGAAAGAGAUGGUGCCUCUUGUAUGUAGCGAAUGCUCGCUUAAUUACUGCCUGCGUCAUCGCCACGUCACUGACCACACUUGUGAAGGAAAACUUGCUGCUAAGAGACGACAAGCUGCAGACGCGGCGAUGAGGCGGAUGAGGGCGUCUGAGAUCGCAGCGGCGGCGAUGUCGCCGGCAUCUUCGCCUGUCGCUUUCUCUGCUGUGCAAGGCAACAUGACUGAGGACGAGGCUCUAGCACACGCCCUAGCACUAUCUCUGCAGGAACAAAACGCGCAUUCGAGAGACAACACUUUCGCGCGCGCGUUGACGCGCCAACGGGUGGGUGGCGAACAAAACAACCGAUGUAUUCUAUCUUAGCGAUGCAAUCAAUUUAGCCUGUUUAUAAUGUUAAGAUAAAAUGGAGGUAAACUGUAAUGUACUGUUUUGGUUAAGGAUCUUUUUUAACUAAUUCGACUUUUCAAAUCUUUGUUAUAUUUUUGGAAUUGCGAGAUUAUUAAAGACCAUUUAACUGUAACGUGACGUAUAAUAAGCUCUUACUAUUAUACAAAAUGGAUAGAUGGAUACUUAAAAUGAUGUACCGAUUACAUUAUUGCAAUUUAGGUAUGUUUAUUAUAAUAAAAUAUUACAGUUUGUCUCCGAAAUACCUAAAAGCCCGUUACACCAAGUACCAAGUACCUAAAAGUGUUCAUGGAACACGAUUGUUGCCUUCAGUUGAUAUUAACAAGUUAGGAAAUGCUAGACGAAACAAUCAAUUGACCAUUUUAAAAUGAACAUGAGAAGUAAGCUCUUAGACGUCUUAUAUCAAACGACAAUUAUAUCUCAUUGGUUUGUGGUGUUACCAAAGAAAUCGAUGCUAAAUGCAGUAAAUGUUGAAAUGGCUCGCUCCAAUUUGCCAUUGAAAACGGCGAGUUUGGAAUUUCUACCUUAUAACCUAUUCACUUUGUUGUAGAAACACCAUGCUUGGCCUCGAUAUAUUAUGAUUCUCUAAUAACAUAUAUUUAUAAAUUCCCACUCAUUGUUUUUGUAUGAAAAAUCCUUUUAGACAAUAGUAGGACAUGUCAUCCAAUUUUCUUUUUUAAGUAAGUUUUAUACGAUACCACACAUUUAAUAUGAGAACAAACCUCCCAAAUCAAAGUGAGAAAGAAACAACUGUUCCAUGAUACCGUUGUAAAUGUAUGAAACAGAUUUUUUUCGCGGUUGCAUAGGGUUCCCUAUAGUAAAAUUAAUUAGGUUUCAUGCCGUUAAAAAAAGGUGUUAGAUUAUAAAUUUAUGUAAGGUGCUUACAAAUUCCAUACAGAUAAUUUUAGAGUCGUCAGUUUGCACUAAAAGGAUAAAUUCAAAAUACAAAUCAAUUUCACUUUAUGCAAAUUAUUUAUUUUUGUCUGAGAAGCGAAAUCGUAAUUCUGUUCACAAGCAUUUUGAAAGGCUUUUAAAAUAUAUCAUUGAAGAUAUUUUAAAAAUUAAGUAUUAUUGUUAUUAACCGAGUGUGUUUAGUAUUUGUUUUCUUCAAUUUCGCAAAAAUCUAACAGACUUAUUUGUGUACUUGCCUUCGAAGUGAUUGUAACAACGUAAUUGACAUUAACAAAGUAACCAUACUUAAUUUUUAAGCACCCUACAUAAUUUGAAAUAUCGGAAUGUUAUUGACGAUUUUUAUAUUAUUAUAUCUUUGUAAUUUCAUUUUAUUUUAUCUACAGUUACUUUAACAAUUCAAUUACAAAAAAAAAUUAGCGUUAGUUAAUUCAGAUUGUUUGAGAAGUAUACAUAUCUGUCUUGUACGUGUUAUUGUUAUAUUUCAUAAUAUUGUUUUAUAGUUUUUAAAAUAACUCUUUUUAAAUACUAUCACUUUACCUUCAGCAUUCCACGCUUUAGUAAAAUGUAUUCACUCCAAAAAACAUUUCCAUUUAUUCUC